AUGAGCUUCUGUUCUGAUCACACCAGGGGUGUUUCCAAUGCACAUGUUUCCCCUGCAGUAGGAAAUGACUCUUUUGAGUACAGGAGGCACCAACUCAUGACCUUUUUGAAAAAAACCAUGUGGGACUUUGCCUUGGCAUGUGUUGGUGUUGGUCCUUGUGGUUGCAACAACGAAGUGCAUAACAAGGCGUGGCUACUGGAGGAGUCUGGAGCAGAAUUGGCAAGUGCUGACCCUCAGUCGGUUCACUCAUCUUUCAGGUUCAGCUUCUGCUCUCAGGUUGAGGUUGAGUCCUUCAACAUGAGCUCUUCUGCUGCUGCUGCAACCUUUUUGAUGGUGAAUUUGGAAUAUGAGUCUCAAGUUACGGAGAUGAAAUGGAGGAUACAUUCACUGGAGAAAAGCAUAUCUCCAGUCGCCAACACUUUGAUCAGGUUCAGCUAUGAUGAAAUUCUAUCAGCUACUCACAAUUUCUCCAAAGAGAGAGUGUUGGGGAGAGGUGCCUUGAGCUGUGUUUUUAGAGGAAGAGUUGGGCUUUGGAGGACUGCUGUUGCUAUUAAAAGGUUGGACAAGGAAGACAAGGAGUGUGCCAAGGCGUUUUGUAGAGAAUUGAUGAUUGCUAAUUCUCUUCAUAACACAAAUGUUGUUCCUCUUGUGGGGUUUUGUAUUGACUCAGAAGAGGGUUUGUUUUUGGUAUACAAGUAUGUGUCAGGGGGCAGCCUAGAGCAUCACUUGCAUGGGAGGAAGAAAAGUGUAAAGGGUAGUUCAUCACUUCCAUGGUCUGUGAGAUAUAAAGUAGCAAUUCGGAUUGCAGAAGCCGUGGCUUAUCUGCAUAAUGGAACAGAGAGAUGUGUUGUUCAUAGAGACAUUAAGCCUUCAAACAUUCUGCUCUCCUCUAAGAAGAUUCCAAAGUUAUGUGAUUUUGGAUUAGCUACAUGGACUUCUGCCCCAUCAGUUCCAUUCCUUUGCAAAACUGUGAAAGGAACAUUUGGUUAUUUGGCUCCUGAGUAUUUCCAACAUGGGAGAGUAUCAGAUAAGACUGAUGUUUACGCUUUAGGAGUUGUUUUAUUGGAACUCUUAACUGGCCGUAAGCCAAUUGAAGCGAAAAGACCCCCUGGAGAGGAAAACUUGGUAGUAUGGGCAAAACCUUUGCUUAGGAAAGGGAAAGGAGCCAUUGAAGACUUGCUUGAUCCUCAAGUCAAGUACAAUUCGAGCUACACAGAUCAAAUGGCUCGGAUGGUCGAUGCAGCAGCUGCCUGUGUUACAAAUGAAGAAUCUAGGAGGCCUAGCAUAGGUGAGAUUGUUGCAAUACUGAAAGGUGAAGUUGAGCCUGUGUUGUCUAGAAGAAGGAAGUCUGGUUAUCUUGGUAAUGGAUUUCUGAUUGAUUAUUACCCUCAGUUACAACAAACAAAUAAUGAGAUGAAAAGUCACCUGGCCUUGGCAAUGCUAGGAGUUCCAGAGUGUGAGGAUGAGGAUUUUCUCUAUGAUCGUUGA